AUGAACCAAAAAUUUAAAGUGGACGAAGACUUAUUGAUUCCUACAGUUGAUGACAAGCCUCAAGGAAGCAGUUUGUGGAAUAAUGUAGCUAGGACAUUGAAAGACAUCCAUAGCUUCUCCAACUUUACGAUCAAGAAUGGUAGAGGUGUUCGCUUUUGGGCUGACAAAUGGCUGGAUAGGGGUUGUCUUAAGGAUAUUUUUCUGGUGAUCUUUAAAGAUGUUAAAGAUAAGAACAUAUCGGUGGAAUACAUGAUUGAUGGAAAUAAUUGGAGAUGGAAUUUCAAGAAAAAUAUCAACGCUAAUGAGCAGUUAGAAUGGGAUUUAUUAAGGAGGGAUUUGGGUCAAGUUCCUGAGCUUUCAAAUGAGGAAGAUGAGAUGAAUAUUCUAAAUGAUUUUAGUACUAAGAAUUGCUAUGAUUCUUUGGUUGGAGAGUUAGAACAUUGCGACUUUCAGCAGUUUUUAUGGAGGAAUAAUAUUCCUCAUAAAGUGAGUUUUCUACUCUGGGCUGGUUUCCAGAAUGCUAUUUCAACAGGAGUUAUGUUGAAUCAUAGAGUAGUUCAAGUUGACAGUGAGUUAUGUAUUUUUUGCGAUGCUGAAAGGGAGACAGGUGAACACAUGCUAAUGCAUUGUUCUUAUUCUUUCGAUGUUUGGGACUAUUUUAUCAAGGCGUUCAAAAUAUCAUGGCCUUUACCUAGAACAUUGCAGGAACUUUUUGAAGCUUGUUUUGUUAACGUUCUUCAUUGA